GUGGGACCUGAAGGAUUUUUGUGAAGAACAGCAGGCAGCUUAACUAUGAACAACUAUCACUAAACCAAAAAACACACAGCUGUGGAUCAUUCUGGUAAGAACACAGUAUUAGAAUCAAGGGGUUGUAUACUUUUGAAACGGGUCAUUUUUAUAAAUUCAACUAUUAUUUUCUCUUGUGGACUAUAUGUAAAUGUCUUUUAUGUGAAAUAUCUUAUUCAGGUCAGUAUACUACAUAAAAAAUAACAUGCAUUUUGGAUUAUCCCUUUUAUUUUGGUAAAAUAAUUAAUUUAGCAGAUUCUGUAUGUAAACUUCUGACCUCAACUGCAUUUAGAAAAUUUAACAAAGCUUGUAUCACUGUUCAGAGAAGAAUAUCACAAUACAGCCUAAUUAGCGUAUUAAAUCAAUUCUAACUCAUAAUUCGGUUUAUUAGUGAAAUUAUUUCUAAGUUUGAAAAGUCUAAAUAAAAACUAGUAUUAACCUGCGUAACCUAUUAACCGAUAGUGUCUUUAAAAAGCAACUCUUAAAUAGCUAAUACAGUACAACGCUCAAAAUAGCUGAUGGUAAAGAAUAGUUAUCCAGGGGAUUUUGGUAAUCCGUCUUGGGGUGGAUGCCAUGUGUAAAGUCCUUAACUCCUUAUUGAGCCACUGAUUUAUGUUGAACGAGAGCUGUGUCGUAUAUCCGCUCAUAACGUCAUGUUUUCUCGUUGAACUGAAAUAGCGCUCAUAAUUGACAUUUUUCCACAGUUACUCCUGUAGUUACACCCUUCGACGAACUCUCUCGCUGUUCUCAAAUGCAACCGAUGGAUGGCGCUGUUUGGGCAUUACUGAAUGAACCUCAAGCGCAAUGGUGUCUGUAUCCCCGUCGAUAUGGCAAAGGCUCCAGAUAUUUUACCAAUGGGUCCUAGAAAACGGAGACAAGAGGACAGAUGGAUGGCUUUUGGUUUAUUCUCCGCUGCCUGUCGGUGGUAUCUUCCUAUUUUACCUUGUCAUCGUCUGGCUUGGUCCCAAACUGAUGUCCAGCAGGGAACCAGUCAACAUCAAAGCUCUCCUCAUUAUUUACAACUUUUCCAUGUUCACAGCAUCUUCUUGGUUGGCAAAUUACAGUUUGGUGUGUCAGCCUGUGGACUACUCUGAAACCCCCUUGGCAAUGAGGAUGGCCAGAGUGUGCUGGUGGUUUUACUUCUCCAAAGUCAUUGAACUUACUGAUACAGUGUUCUUCAUUCUGAGGAAGAAGAACAAUCAACUGACCUUUCUGCAUGUGUAUCAUCACGGCACCAUGAUUUUCAACUGGUGGGCCGGGGUCAAGUAUGUUGCGGGAGGACAGUCGUUCCUUAUUGGCCUCAUAAACUCUUUUGUUCAUGUGGUGAUGUAUAUGUACUAUGGCCUGGCAGCAUUGGGCUCCCAAAUGCAUAAGUACUUGUGGUGGAAACACUACCUUACUUCGCUUCAGCUGCUCCAGUUCUUCACUGUCACCAUUCACACUGCAGUCAACCUAUUUGCUGACUGUGACUUCCCUGACACCAUGAAUAUGGUGGUGCUCGGCUACUCCCUCAGCCUGAUCGCCUUGUUUAGUAACUUUUAUUAUCGGAGCUACAUUUCCAAGAAAACCAAGACGGUGUGAUAACAUGAAGAUCGAAGAUACAGAAAAAAAAAAAAAAAAACUUUGAUUGUUUGAAUAAAAAUGUGUCAUGCAUUGAUCCCGAAUGUGGCGGUUGAGACUGUCUUAUGGACUCUGUUUAAUCCUUUAUCUCAAAUCCAUUUGUCUGUGCAUCUCCCCUCCUCCAAACAGAGUCCAUACAAUCUCUACACUCCCAUCCCCCUCUGGUCAUUAGGGAUUGAGACCCUGCAACGCUCUAGUGAUCUGGUCAAAUUGAAAUAAACCCGAGUCCACCUUCUGCUCCU